AUGACUAAUUCACCUUUUAAUAAAAAAAAAAAACGCCAAAUAAUUCUCGAAAACUUUAAUAACCGCACUCAUGAAGUUUCUUUGGCUAGAUUACAAGAAAUUAGUAAUUCUCUUAUUUCUCCUUAUCAUACUUUUUCUGGUUUAAAUAAAAAUUGUGGAGAUAAUGUUCACUUGCUCAUCCAACAAGAAAAUAAUUUUGUUAAACUAGCCCUUUUUGCUACAAUUGAAAAUAUUGAAAAAAUGCUUCAGGGUCAAGAAUAUCAACUAAAUGAUUGUCUCCAGAUGGAAGUUUUUCAAGAUUUGCCUCAAUUUCCCCACCGAAUAGAAUGUGUUAAUUUAGUUUUAAGAGGAGUAAAAUCUGCUUUGGGAGCCUUAGCGGGAGCUGGUUUAGGCGGAGAAAGUGGAGCGAUUAGUGGAGCUUUAAUUUUUAUGCUGAUUGGGGCAAUUGCCAGUGUUACUUUUUUGGCUUUAUGGAUUUAUCAUUUGGUGAAGUGA